CAUUCAACGACUUGUUAAUAUUAUUUAUCAUUCCGUUCUCUCAGCCGGCUAAUAUCGGUUGUCUAAGUAGGUAUUUCAAAAUACUUUCGCGGAUUAAAAUGGUGAUUUUUAACGCUCGUGGCUUAAUGCCUCCUGUGUUCACGCCUCUCAAUGAAGACCUAACAGUUAACUAUGCUGCUAUUGCACCCUACGCGCAGUGGCUGGCGAAGAACGGAAUCAAAUCAGUUUUGGUGGGUGGUACCACGGGCGAGCAUAUGUCUCUCAGUGUGGCUGACAGGAAGAAGGUGGUCGAUGAGUGGGUGAAGGUGGCGAAGACCACAGGGCUCCAUGUCCAGGUGCAAGUCGGUGGGGCGCCUCUACCUGACGUCAUUACUUUGGCGUCCUAUUGCCAGUCGGCGGGGGCAGAUUCCCUGCUGACGCUCCCGGAGCUGUACUUCAAGCCAGGCAGCGUGGCCGACCUGGUCUCCUACGUGGAGUUCGUAGCCAAGGCUGCCCCCAAACUACCCGUGCUCUACUACCACAUACCCAGCAUGAGCAGGGUUGAAAUCAACAUGCCAGCGUUUGUGACUGCGGCUACAGCGCGGAUCCCCAACUUCAAGGGCAUCAAGUUCACGUCCAACGAUCUGUGCGAGGGUGCGCAGGUGCUGAGGGCCCUCAAGGAGGGCCAGGAGGUAUUCCUUGGGGCUGAUGCUCUGAUUGCCCCAGCAGCCUUGUUAGGUAUCAAAUCCAGUAUCGGCACCUCGUUCAAUUUGUUCCCGCGACUGGCUCAGGAUAUACUGGACGCUGUUGAGAACAAUGACAUCGCAAAAGCCAGGAGUCUGCAGGAGAAACUGUGUCUGGCUGUUGAAGCCUUAACUGUUGAAGGUCCGUGGGUACCUGUGAUGAAGGCUGGUAUGGAGAUAGCAACUGGAAUCAAAGUGGGACCGCCGUCUUUGCCGCAGAAGCCUCUCACAGCCGACGCUAAGAAGAGAAUACAUACUCAACUCAAAGCCUUAGGAUUAUGUAAUUAAAAUUCAUUGA